UACCAGGCCCAGGCCAUGAUGGACAUCGUCACGGCGAUGGAGUGGAACUACGUUUCCACCUUGGCGUCUGAGGGCAAUUACGGAGAGAGCGGUGUGGAAGCCUUCAUCCAGAUCUCCAGGGAAACAGGAGUGUGCAUCGCCCAGUCCCUGAAGAUCCCACGGGAGCCCAGGACGGGGGAGUUUGACAAGAUCAUCCGCCGUCUGCUGGAGACGUCCAACGCCAGGGCCGUCAUCAUGUUCGCUAACGAGGACGACAUCCGGCGAGUCCUAGACGCAGCCAGAAGGAACAACCAGACGGGUCACUUCAUGUGGGUGGGGUCAGACAGCUGGGGGUCAAAGAUCUCCCCUGUGAUUGGUCAAGAGAGGGUAGCUGAGGGCGCCAUCACCAUCCUGCCCAAGAGAGCUUCAGUGGACGCCUUUGACCGCUACUUCCGAAGUCGCUCCCUCUCCAACAACAGAAGAAACGUCUGGUUCGCCGAGUUUUGGGAGGAAAAUUUCAACUGCAAGUUAGGCAUGCAUGGAAAACGACCAGGAAGUCUGAAGAAGUGCACAGGUCUGGAGAAGGUUGGUCGUGAUUCCAGUUACGAGCAGGAGGGAAAAGUCCAGUUUGUGAUGGAUGCGGUGUACGCCAUGGCUCACGCUCUGCACCGGAUGCACCGUGAGCUGUGUUACGGUUACCCCGGUCUGUGUCCACGAAUGGCCAACAACAUCGACGGAAAAGAGCUGCUCAACCACAUCAGGGCUGUCCGAUUCAAUGGGAGUGCGGGGACACCAGUGGUUUUCAAUGAGAACGGAGACGCUCCUGGGAGAUACGACAUCUUCCAGUACCAGAUCAACAACAGGUCAACGGCAGAGUACAGAGUCAUCGGCUCCUGGACCAACAAACUGCACCUCAAGCUGGAGGCCCUGCGGUGGCGCACAGGAGACCCCUCUCUGCCUCAGUCCGUCUGCAGUCUGCCAUGUCGCGCCGGUGAGAGGAAGAAAGUGGUCAAAGGCUCUCCGUGCUGCUGGCACUGUGAGCGCUGUGAGGGCUACCACUUCCAGGCGUCUGAGUUCACCUGUGAGCUGUGUCCCUAUGAGAAGAGGCCUGAUGUAAACAGGACUGGCUGUGUGUCCAUCCCCAUCAUUAAACUGGAGUGGCACUCCCCCUGGGCCAUUAUCCCCAUGUUCAUCUCCAUGUUGGGGAUCGUCGCCACCUCCUUCGUCAUGGUCACUUUUGUCCGCUACAAUGACACGCCCAUAGUCCGCGCGUCCGGCAGGGAGAUGAGCUACGUGCUGCUCACUGGGAUAUUCCUGUGUUACGCCAUCACGUUUUUGAUGAUCGCCACGCCGGAUGUGAGUGUGUGUUCUCUGAGGAGGAUUUUUUUGGGACUGGGGAUGUGUUUCAGCUACGCAGCGCUCCUCACCAAAACCAACAGGAUACACCGCAUCUUUGAACAGGGGAAGAAGUCUGUGACAGCACCAAGGUUCAUCUCGCCUGCCUCCCAGCUCGUCAUCACCUUCUCCCUGAUCUCGGUGCAGUUGCUGGGAGUGUUUGUGUGGUUUGCGGUGGACCCUCCUCACACAGUGGUGGACUAUGGAGAACAGAGGACCCAGGACCCCCUAUCUGCACGGGGGGUCCUUAAGUGUGACAUCUCCGACCUGUCCCUCAUCUGUUCUCUGGGCUACUCCAUCCUGCUCAUGGUCACCUGCACAGUCUACGCCAUCAAAACCAGAGGAGUACCUGAAACCUUCAAUGAAGCCAAGCCCAUUGGAUUUACCAUGUACACCACCUGCAUCAUCUGGCUGGCCUUCAUCCCUAUUUUCUUUGGCACAUCGCAGUCAGCAGAAAGAAUGUACAUCCAGACCACCACUCUGACCAUCUCCCUGAGCCUGUCUGCCUCUGUGUCUCUGGGGAUGCUCUACAUGCCCAAAGUCUACAUCAUCCUCUUCCACCCCGAGCAGAACGUGCCCAAGAGGAAACGCAGCUUUAAGGCCAUCGUGACAGCUGCCACCAUGUCAGGCAAACUCACCCAGAAGGGAGGGGACCGGCCCAAUGGGGAAGUGAAGACUGAGCUGUGUGAGAGCAUGGAGACCAACACUUCAUUAACUAAGACGACAUAUGUGAGCUACAGCAAUCACGCCAUCUGA